AUGGAAGCAAUCGCAGCUGCAUCCGCGAUUCUUGGAAUCGCUACGGCCGGCGUGCAAUGCUCAAUCAAGCUGGUUACCUUCGCCAGUCAGGUCAAGUCUGCAGAGGAGGAGGUUACACACAUUGCCGAGGAAGUCUCACUGAACGCGAGCAUCUUGCAACAACUAGCCGAAUUGGCAAAAGAUGGCCUGGAAAACGAACAAGCACCGGGCAACGGCACUCAUGGAGACUUGGACAUCCAUGAUGCUAAAAAUGACCAAUCAAGACGGGGAAUUUUCAAUGCCGCUGGGCUUGCAACGGUUAUGAAUCUAGCCGAGAAAUGCAAGGAUAUCUUUGAUCACCUUAACGAGUCGAUACAGAAGGCCAGUGCGCAGACUAGUUCAGAUUCUGAGGCUCCUGGGCAGGUCAAGCUCACGCGGUUCACGAUGCUGAAAUGGCCGUUCUUAAAGCCGGAGAUGGAGGCUCUACAAGCCCAAUUGAGAGAUGUCAAAGGAACGUUGAUGCUGAUGCUGCAAGUUGCUAUGUUGGCUUAUUCAAGACGAAUGGCAAAAUGUGAAUCCGUCACAUCCUUGAAAAGCUUUCCCAAUUUAUCCAUCUCGGAUCAAGAGUUACUCGCGUUGUCCAUUGCGUCGGCAUAUAAGAAGCAGAAUGUGCGACCAUCCAGCAGGAGUACGGAAAUAAACAAUGCUCCUAAAUAUGACGCGCAGUUAAGCACCCCGCCGAAAGCGCGGGAAACCAGCAGCGUUAACCACCGACAUCCGGAGAAAAAGCCAAGCAGAAUCUUUCAGUUCUGCAGGAGGUUUCUACAUUCUAAACCAAAUGACGUGACGGCAGAUGACGCAAGUGAAAAGCCCCCCUCAAUUAGAGACAUUCAUUUGGAACCGAGCUUUGCGAUAGACAAGGCGACAUUUCAAUCCUCUGACAUGGACCAACAGAGCCUGGCGUCUCAAAGCGUUUCAAAGUCAACCCGACGCUACCAAAGCUAUACGAUCCCAUCCGUUAAUGAGGCCAAAGCAAAUGUGCAAUAUGUAUCUCAGCCUAAAGGAGAGGCUACUCGUCCGGAGUCCUACUAUGGUACAGGAAGUCCGUCCCCUCUGCAGGAUUUCCUUGGAGUCCUAGUUUUCUCUCCCGUGGCUUGCAUCAAAGAUCGCAAAAUUCAUGUUGAAUAUGUCCACCGAAUUAUCAGCAUUUCUCAGGAAGCAGCACAACUACAGCUAGAGGAAUGGAAGUCCACCUCCAACGACUCGGUACUCAAUCAGCUACUCGCGCUCACCACCAGCGAGCAUGAAGCGCUAGAAGCGUCUCCAUUUUCGUCCGAUGGCCGUUCAAAGCUCGGAGACGAAUGUCUUGAAUGGCUACAUUUCGGAGAGUCUCUUCCGCUCGUUGAUGACGUAGCACAUGUUAGAGCGAGGACUCUGACUGCGGUGGUCAAAAUGAGCUGCAGGCCACAGGACAAAAAGCAGGCGGGUGAAGUUGUGAAAGACGAAGGUGAAAGAAGCAAUACUUGGAUCAAGGUACACCGUACGCAUCUUCUUCCCGAGACCUUGGAUCAAUAUAAAUUGCACUGGGUCCAAGAUGAACAUGAUUCAAACUAUAUUGUUAUUAAGCAAUGGUUAUCUGAAGACUUCCAAGAUGAACUAUUUGCCCACACUCGCCGCAUUCAUCAAGCCAACCUCGUCGCCCCUUCUCCAUCCAUGUAUCUCGAACGUCCGGAGAAUAUACAUGUUCGAACCUCGAAUGACCUGACAACGCCGGAAAAGAAAAACAAAAAGAAAACCCAGAUAAAUGCAGGUGACUGGGAAUCGGACCGAGUUGAUACCCCCGAGACUGCGCUGAAUGCGCAUUCCCAUGCUGAUCCUAGGGGAGACAAUGUCGAUACCGUUGUGGCCGAUCUUUUGGCUCGCUAUACCAAUUCAUAA